AAAGCUCGAAGAUAUCGGCCGGGCACUAGAGCGCUGAAGGAAAUUAGGAAGUAUCAAAAGACUACAAAUCUACUUCUACGGAAACUUCCGUUUGCAAGAGUGGUCAAAGAAGUGUGUGAUGACCUAUUUCCCCAGGGAGGGUUGAGGUGGCAGUCGCUGGCAAUCGAGUGUCUCCAAGAGAUCAGCGAGGCGUACCUCAUCAGGCUGUUCGAAGAUUCUAAUUUAUGCGCCAUCCACGCCAAAAGAGUCACCAUCCUUCCGAGAGACAUCCAAUUGGCUCGCAGGAUUCGAGGGAUCGAAUGA